AUGCACACUUGCCAGGCCUUCAACACAAAGGGCGGCAAUACGCAGAUGGAGGUUGAGACGUCGAACGGGAAUAGGUUGAUACAAAUAAAGAGGCAGAAAAUGGAAGACGACCUGAGGCAGACUUUAGUAAGAGGGCUGACAUCAAGUCCCAAGUACAUUCCUACCUGGUACAACUACGAUGACGUCGGCUCGGAACUUCAGCAGCAAUGUACCACAGACAUUCCGGAUUACUAUUUAUGCACGAGUGAUAGAUAUCUAUUACAACACAGAAUACAGGACAUCGUCCCGCGGAUGCCAUACGACGUGGCUUUAGUUGAUCUCGGAAGCGGAAAUUGCUCCAAAACGAGGCUUGUUAUAAAUGAGUUACUGACAAGGCAGAACACACUUACAUUUUAUCCUCUUGAUAUUUCUGAAGAGUUUCUGUUAAAGUCAGUAAAGGAUUUAUCUGAGGAAUACGACGACUCACUUGUGAUCACACCAAUAGCUGCAGACUAUGUACAAGGAAUAGAGCAACUAAAACAGAUAGAAGGGCCCAAGAUGAUCAUGUGGUUUGACAGCAUUAUAAACCUAUCGUAUGAAGACCAGGUUAACACUCUCAAUCUGAUAUCUACAAUGAUGACAGACAAAUGUCGACUGGUGUUCAGUGCUGACGUCACACUAGACAAAGAGGCUGUCCUGAGUGCUUACGAUGACGAUGCAGGUAUAAUGCAGAGAUUCAUCAGCUAUGCCAUGACAAGAUUGAACAAAGAGACAGGCAGUGAAGUCGACCUGGCCAAGUUCACGUACGAGGUAGAUUUUAUAUCUAACAAUGAGCCUCAGUCGAUGAGCUACGUGAGGGCCUACAUCCGGGCUAAUGACGUCAUCCGGUGCCCGAUACCUGGACUCGGCAUAGAUCUAACGAUGGAUAAAGGAGAAUGUCUUUAUUUUCACGAAGGCCCUGGGUUCAGCUGUAAAUACUCACUGGAACAGCUAUGUACCAUUGUGGAGAAAGCUGGACUCUGCUUGGCCGAAUCCGUGUCUGAUGGACAGCGUCACGCAGCUUUCUGUGUCUGUACCACUGUAUCAACAAUUCCGCGUAUAUAGAUAUCUCUACAUUGACUAUCCAAGGGAAUUAACUAUAUUCCGGAUAUUAUAUCCUUUUCCUUUUUGGUUUUAAUAGUUGUUUUUUUUACCUUAUUCCGGAUAAGUUGUCCGGUACUAUUAUUAUAAUUGAGUUGACGGGAGAAAAUAAAAUGGACACACCACGUCCACGCUGUUGAGUUGGUUAGUUUAUUCUGUACGACUAUGUAACGAGUACCACGUUAUUACAACGGAUAUCUGGACGGAAAACCAACAUCACUUGGUGAUUCAGAUUUCCCUGACCGAUAGAGGUUCAUCUUCCAAUAAAUAUGUCGUAAGGGCUACUUUGUAUUUCAUGAAAUCAAUACGUGCAUUAUAUUGAAAAAUAUCAAAAAGGCAUUCUAACUAUAGUCAUAUUAUAUUUUAAAAUAAAAGUAAA